UGAUUUUAGUUUGUCAGCGGGUUUCAAUGCGUUCGGUUGUUAUUAAAAAGUAAAACGGUAGAAUUUUAUUUGAAUUUAAAUUCAAAAAUAAAGAAAAACAAAACGAAUUUGUUUUACGGUCGUUCUUAAGAUGAUGUUUUUUUUUUUGUCUGAAAUCACACUCUUAAUGGAUUACGGUGCUUUUUAUUAAGUGAACAAAAGAAAAUAAAUAAGAAAUAAAGAAAAGAAUAUAAGAAAAAAAAUCUUAAAGAAAUAUAGAAAAAGGCCGACGGCAAUUUUUUUUAAAGUGAAGAAAUAUUUAAUUAAAUGUAAAGAAAGAAAAUUAAAAAGAAAUUAAAAAAAAUAAUAAAGAAAUUUAACAAAAGCAAACAAAUUACAAAAAGAAAAUUUUGUUAAACAACAAGUGUUAAUAAAGUGAAAAAAGGAAAAAUAUAAAGCAAAAGAAGAAAAAAUACCAAACAAGUGUAAAGCAAAAAAGAAAAAAAAAAAAGGAAUAAAGCAAAAAUCACAAAGAAAGCCACAAAGCAAAAUCAGUAAAAAUGAAGCCUGUGGAUCAAAUUCAAAAAUAAAGAAAAAAAAUUUAAACAAAAAAUUUAAAAAAAAAAUUUAUUAAAUUUAAAUAAAUUUAAAAAAAAGUGUUAAAAAUUUAUCAGAAAAUGCAAACCAAAAUGUCGCCUUUAACAAAAAUAAUUUGCACACCCCGAUAUUUCUUACAUUUGAUGGUCCUGUUAAUUUUAAAUUCCCCCUCCACAAAGGCGGUUCAUCGUUACGAUCAGUCUUCCUCAUUGGAUACCAGUAAUCCCUAUUAUCGCACCUCUAGUUCGGGUGAAGUUUUUGGCUCCUCUUCCUCUCUACCCAGUGAUGCCUUUCCUCAUCACAAUCGCUGUGAAGCCAUAACAAUUUCCAUCUGUAAAAAUAUUCCCUACAAUAUGACCAUUAUGCCCAAUCUAAUAGGUCAUACUAAACAGGAAGAAGCCGGCUUAGAGGUUCAUCAAUUUGCUCCUCUAGUCAAAAUUGGCUGCUCACCCGAUUUACAAUUAUUCCUUUGCUCUCUAUAUGUUCCCGUUUGUACGAUACUCGAACAACCCAUACCACCUUGUCGUUCGUUAUGUGAAUCGGCUCGUGUUUGUGAGACUCUUAUGAAAACUUAUAACUUUAAUUGGCCUGAAAAUUUAGAAUGUUCAAAAUUUCCUGUACAUGGUGGAGAGGCUUUAUGUGUAGCGGAGAAUACUACUUCUUCAACGCCUUCUCCUACGCGUAUGGUGCCUAAGGUUACGACACGUAAAAAUUAUGCUGGUCUUGAUAGUCCUCAUCGUGAUAUCGGUUUCGUGUGUCCCGUACAAUUGAAAACACCACAGGGUAUGGGUUAUGAGCUGAAAGUUGGUGGAAAGGAUAAACGCGACUGUGGUGCUCCCUGUCAUGCCAUGUUUUUCCCUGAAAAAGAACGUACCGUUCUUAGAUAUUGGGUAGGCUCUUGGGCGGCCGUAUGUGUGGCUAGCUGUUUGUUUACGGUCCUUACUUUCCUCAUAGAUUCCUCACGUUUUCGUUAUCCCGAAAGAGCUAUAGUCUUUUUAGCAGUUUGCUAUUUGGUGGUGGGUUGUGCUUAUGUAGCCGGUUUAGGAGCCGGUGAUUCAGUAUCCUGUCGCGAACCAUUUCCACCACCAGUUAGACUGGGUAGAUUACAAAUGAUGUCCACUAUAACACAAGGUCAUCGCCAGUCAACCGCCUGUACUGUACUCUUUAUGGCUUUAUAUUUUUGCUGUAUGGCGGCCUUUGCCUGGUGGUCAUGUUUGGCAUUUGCUUGGUUUUUGGCUGCUGGUCUCAAAUGGGGUCACGAAGCCAUUGAAAAUAAAUCACAUCUUUUUCAUCUUGUAGCCUGGGCUAUACCAGCUCUGCAAACGAUUUCGGUUUUGGCAUUAGCUAAAGUUGAAGGUGAGUAAUAAUUAUAAGAAACAACAGAACAAUGGAAA